CCCGUGACAUCACCGCCCCGCCGGCUUAAAGAUGGACACCCAACUAUCUGUGGCCAUCCUUCUUGUGUUUGGCCGCCCCGGUCUGGCCGUCUCCUUUCUGCCCGAGCGCCUCGGCCGUCUCUACCUGGGCUGCUGCUGCUGCUUCGCCGCUCCUCUCCGCUCCGAGAAAGCUGCGGCCCCGACCGUCCCUGCGGCGCCCGCCGGCAUUUAUACCGCGAGGCGCACCUGAAAGAACUCAAGGACCGACCCUACCCAGGCAUCGGGAAGCCUCCGGACCCCCACAGUAACGAGGCAGUCAGGUCCUUGGACCACCCGGGUUCUGAAAUGAUGUCCUAUAUCAAACAACCACACUACGCAGUCAACGGGCUGACGUUAGCCGGCACCGGCAUGGACCUCCUGCACUCAGCCGUGGGCUAUCCGACUACCCCGAGGAAGCAGAGACGGGAACGGACGACGUUCACCCGGGCGCAGCUGGACAUCUUGGAAGCCCUGUUUGCUAAGACCCGGUACCCCGACAUCUUCAUGAGAGAAGAGGUGGCCCUCAAGAUAAACUUACCCGAAUCCCGAGUCCAGGUUUGGUUUAAGAACAGAAGGGCCAAGUGUCGCCAACAACAGCAGCAGAGCAGCGGCCAAGCCAAACCGCGACCGGCAAAGAAGAAAACAUCGCCGGCCAGAGAGACUAAUUCAGAAGCCAGCACCAACGGCCAAUACAGCCCCCCGCCUCCCGGCACCGCGGUGACCCCCAGCUCCACAGCCAGCGCCACCGUCUCGAUAUGGAGCCCGGCCUCCAUCUCCCCCAUCCCGGACCCCCUGGCUGCGGGCACUACCCCCUGCAUGCAGAGGUCGGCCGGCUACCCCAUGACCUACAGCCAGGCUCCGGCCUACACCCAGAGCUACGGCGGAUCCUCUUCCUAUUUCACCGGGCUGGACUGCGGCUCCUACCUCUCUCCCAUGCACCCACAGCUGUCAGCUCCUGGGGCCACACUGAGCCCCAUCGCUACUCCCACCAUGGGAAGCCAUCUAAGCCAGUCCCCGGCAUCGCUUUCCGCCCAGGGGUACGGCGCGUCGAGCCUCGGCUUCACCUCGGUGGAUUGCUUAGACUACAAGGACCAAACUGCCUCUUGGAAGCUUAAUUUCAACGCCACUGACUGUCUUGACUAUAAGGACCAAAGUUCCUGGAAGUUCCAAGUCUUGUAACCGGGAAGCGCCCCC